AUGUCACAAGUCCAAAGUAAGUUUCUUUUUCGAAAAAGUCAGGUGGUACAGGGGUCUUGCAACCCCCCUGAUGCGAUGCUAUGUUUAUUGUGUCUUGGAAAGUUUGUCACAAGUCUAAAGUGUCCAAGGAUACAAAGUCUCCAGGUUUGGUCUGGCAAGUUCGCCAAAUGUCUGCUUCGUCUUAAAGGUCUCAGUCUCAUAGUCACGGCGUUCUCUCCAUCACGGCGUCUUCGCCUCCACUGUUGGCUCCAGGGUCUGGCCCGACCUGCGGUCGGGUUGGAGUCGUGUCUCCGUUCAGUUGGCGUAGCCCCCGUAGCCAAAAUGUUGCUCUCCCGUGGUGGAGUCCUUGCCUCAAUGUGAGCGAAGUUCAACGCUCAACUUGGAAUAUCAUGGUUCAAAUUGUUGGCGAAAGUUUUCUUGGGAAAGGUGGUCUUUGAGGUCCAAGGAUUCGGAACAGUCCUAAGUGUACUUAUCGGGAACAGUCCUGUCCGGAACUUUUCUACGAGAGAAAUGAAAGAAGACAACCUACAACACGUAUCAACAAUACAACUGCAAGGCAUAUUAUUUGCAUGUCCAAUAUGUUGAAGAAGAAGAAUCUUUUCUGCUCUGCUCUAGAAGGGCUUCUUUUUUUCUACCUCUGUCUAGAUGACUGGGUAGUACACAACUAAUACUACUAACUACUAUUAACUUCUACGUGAAGAACGAUGACGAACGACAGCACAGGAGUUGCAAAUAGUUGUUGGUGCCAGAUGAUGCGAUCGAUCCUGAUCGAAG